GCCAUGGCAAGAUAAACUGAUUGCACCUCAGACAUUUCACUGCACCAUUGUUAAGAGACUACAUACUAGUGGAAGUGCUGGGGCAGCCACAGUCCGAUAGAGGAAUUUUUGUUUGCUCUUCCUCUUCUCUCUGGCUGGAGCCAUGGGACUCGUUCCAUGUGUGGUGGUUCUCUUGAUUUUAUCCAUUGGGGAGCUUCAAGCAAGCAUUGAAUCUUCUAAUGAUGGAUUUGAGCAUGGAAAUCAGCAUGUCAGCUACAUGCCAAAGUUAACCCAUUACCAGCCCAAGCCCCAGCAGCCCCAGGUUCCUGUCUACCAGCCAAAGCCCCAGCAGCCCCAGGUUCCUGUCUACCAGCCAAAGCCCCAGCAGCCCCAGGUUCCUGUCCACCAGCCCAAGCCCCAGCAGCCCCAGGUUCCCGUCUACCAGCCAAAGCCCCAGCAGCCCCAGGUUCCUGUCCACCAGCCCAAGCCCCAGCAGCCCCAGGUUCCUGUCUACCAGCCAAAGCCCCAACAGCCCCAGGUUCCUGUCUACCAGCCAAAGCCCAAGCAGCCCCAGGUUCCCGUCUACCAGCCAAAACCCCAGCAGCCCCAGGUUCCUGUCUACCAGCCAAAGCCCCAGCAGCCCCAGGUUCCUGUCUACCAGCCCAAGCCCCAGCAGCCCCAGGUUCCCGUCUACAAGCCAAAGCCCCAACAGCCCCAGGUUCCCGUCUACCAGCCAAAACCCCAGCAGCCCCAGGUUCCUGUCUACCAGCCCAAGCCCCAGCAGCCCCAGGUUCCCGUCUACCAGCCCAAGCCCCAGCAGCCCCAACAGCCCCAGGUUCCUGUGUACCAGCCCAAGCCCCAACAGCCCCAGGUUCCUGUGUACCAGCCCAAGCCCCAACAGCCCCAGGUUCCCGUGUACCAGCGAAAACCCCAGCAGCCCCAGGUUCCCAUGUACCAGCCAAAACCCCAGCAGCCCCAGGUUCCCAUGUACCAGCCAAAACCCCAGCAGCCCCAGGUUCCUGUCUACCAGCCCAAGCCCCAGCAGCCCCAGGUUCCUGUGUACCAGCCCAAGCCCCAACAGCCCCAGGUUCCCGUGUACCAGCGAAAACCCCAGCAGCCCCAGGUUCCCAUGUACCAGCCAAAACCCCAGCAGCCCCAGGUUCCCAUGUACCAGCCAAAACCCCAGCAGCCCCAGGUUCCCGUCUACCAGCCCAAGCCCCAGCAGCCCCAGGUUCCUGUCUACCAGCCCAAGCCCCAGCAGCCCCAGGUUCCUGUCUACCAGCCCAAGCCCCAGGUUCCCAUGUACCAGCCAAAACCCCAGCAGCCCCAGGUUCCUGUCUACCAGCCCAAGCCCCAGCAGCCCCAGGUUCCCGUCUACCAGCCCAAGCCCCAGCAGCCCCAACAGCCCCAGGUUCCUGUCUACCAGCCCAAGCCCCAGGUUCCUGUCUACCAGCCCAAGCCCCAGGCUCCCGUCUUCCAGCCAAAGCCCCAGGUUCCUAUAUUCAAGCCCAGAUCCCAGCAGCCACGGGUUCCUGUCUCUAAGCACAGGCCUCGGGAGCCACAGCAGUCCCAGGUACCAUCUGUGUACCAGCCUCAGCAGUUGUUGUACAAGCCCCAGCAGCCUGUGUACAAGCCCCAGCAGCCUCAGUGGCCUGUGUACAAGCCCAAGCAGCCUGUGUACAUGCCCCAGCAGCCCCAGCAGCCUGUGUACAAGCCCCAGCAGCCCCAGAAGCCCGUUUACAAGCCCGUUUACAAGCCCCAGCAGCCCCAGCAGCCUCAGCAGCCUGUGUACAAGCCCCAGCAGCCCCAGCAGCCCCAGCAGCCGCAGCAGCCUGUGUACCAGCCCCAGCAGCCGCAGCAGCCUGUGUACAAGCCCCAGCAGCUGCAGCAGCCUGUGUACAAGCCCCAGCAGCCCCAGCAGCCCCAGCAGCCUGUGUACAAGCCCCAGCAGCCCCAGCAGCUGCAGCAGCCCCAGCAGCCGCAGCAGCCUGUGUACAAGCCCCAGCAGCCGCAGCAGCCUGUGUACAAGCCCCAGCAGCCGCAGCAGCCUGUGUACAAGCCCCAGCAGCCCCAGCAGCCUGUGUACAAGCCCCAGCAGCCCCAGCAGCCUGUGUACAAGCCCCAGCAGCCCCAGCAGCCUGUGUACAAGCCCCAGCAGCCUGUGUACAAGCCCCAGCAGCCUGUGUACAAGCCCCAGCAGCUGCAGCAGCCUGUGUACAAGCCCCAGCAGGCCCAGCAGCCCCAGCAGCCUGUGGACAAGCCCCAGCAGCCUGUGGACAAGCCCCAGCAGCCCCAGCAGCCUGUGUACAAGCCCCAGCAGCCCCAGCAGCCUGUGUACAAGCCCCAGCAGCCCCAGCAGCCUGUGUACAAGCCCCAGCAGGCCCAGCAGCCCCAGCAGCCUGUGGACAAGCCCCAGCAGCCCCAGCAGCCGCAGCGGCCUGUGUACAAGCCCCAGCAGCCCCAGCAGCCGCAGCGGCCUGUGUACAAGCCCCAGCAGCCCCAGCAGCCGCAGCGGCCUGUGUACAAGCCCCAGCAGCCCCAGCAGCCGCAGCGGCCUGUGUACCAGCCCCAGCAGCCCCAGCGGCCUGUGUACAAGCCCCAGCAGUUGGUGUACCAGCCCCAGCAACCACACACCUUGCAUUCAAGCAGUUCGGCUUAGGAUUAGUCCCCCUAUGGAAGGAGAAGGCUAUCGGGCUUCAACCCUUACUAAAGCACAAGAUAUCUUGUUUCAACUGCUGAGCCUUGGGUUAAAGCUUUUUCCAUCACAACCUUUAAUAAAAAUGUAACUGACA